UUCAUAUAAAACUCAACCCACUCAGGACUGAGGCAACCUGUUGAGCGGAUGGUACAGGGUGUUGCUUUCAGUCUCUAUAGAUCUUUUGUCUACAUUUGUUAAGGGUGGUUCCUUUUCAAGCACAUUUCAAACGGCCAUUCAGUUUCGUCCUCCUUAAUAAAGAAUAAAACCACACUAUCAUGAUGAAGACAUUGGCACUAGUUUUCUUUGCAUUUUUGUCCGCUGUGUUGGCAGAAGGUCAGCAAACAAAAGAUGAUGACCCUUUCUCUUUCGAUUAUCACAGACUUCGGGUUGGAGGACUGAUCCUGGCAGCAGUUCUGUGUCUGAUUGGCAUCACUAUUCUUCUAAGUGGCCACUGCAGAUGCAAAUUCAACCAGGACAAGAGAAGGAGAACAGGAAGUAACGCUCAGCAGAUGCUCAAUGACACAGGAAGGGCCAGUGAAUGCUAAAAACAUGUGACCUGACCUGAACCAAUCACAGAAGACGUCCACAACACCUUCCUGUAUCCUGUAUCCCAUUUACUGGUUUAUCAGAGGAAAGAUUUCUUUUCAAAAUGAGGAACCUGAUUUGAAUAUUUUCUGUGUUUUCACAGCCUCUCCCAGAUUAUAGCGGAAUAUGUAAAAAAAACAAAACAAAAAAACAUGUACCUGUUUUUUUUCUGUUUUAUACCAGAUGUGUCUUUUGAAUGUCAUUUUAUCUCAAUCAACUCAUCUUUUUUUUUUUUUUUUAAAUCCUGUCAGUAAUUGUAUUAAAUUAUCUUGGAUGUAGAUACAGUUUAAAAGGAUGGGCAAGGGCAGUAUCUUGAUUCAGUCACAUAUGGAAACCUAUAACCAAAUAUUACUGUAAGCUGUAGUGCAUCCAUCCAACACUGAAGUAGCUGUCCAGGCUUUGUAGUUAAAUAACUUAAGUCAUAUGAAAUAGAGUGACCAGAUUCCAGCUUGUGGAAAACGGGACAGCCCCCUCCCAGCAAAAAUGAAUUUGACGUAUCCUUAUCUAAGCGCAGAUCAAUGCGAAGUAGAAGGUGCAUCGACAUCUGUAACUGUUGUCACCUUGUACUUUUCACUGGCAGCAAUUUUUCUCAGUGUGCGCUUGUCUUUCAAAAGUUUAUCGUAAAAUGCAGAGCAGUCCAGUCCAAAAUUAAGAUGUAUGAAAAGCAUUGCCUUCAUGACUGUUACACUAAGUUGACUAAGUUACACUAAGCAGUGUCCAUGCUGCGUUCAUUAAUGAGAACACAUGCUCCACAGAUGCAGAUGUCCCAGGCAGGCAUAAAACAAACUCCACGACCUUGGCUAAGACUCCGAAGUUGAUGGUCUUGCUCUCCAGCUCACGAAAAACAUCUGUCCAUCUCUCAGACACGGCCGUCUUGUUCAUGUUCCACUCAGUGAUGAGACGAGUGACAAUGUUUUUCGCACAAGCCCAAUCAUCAAAGAGGGUGGUUUUGUCAAUCAAAGAGUGGGGAUUCUGGAGUAGAAGUGUUCGAGGCUGCUCUGAAUGUCUUUCCACUUUGGGAUGUCUCUCAGUAGGGCCCACUCUGUGUUCUCCAAUGAGCAGCUCCAAUUUUGGAGGUAAUCCACCGUUGCUGAAUAAAAGUUUCUCACUGCACAAAAGAAAUCAUCCAGCAUGUCACCAGCUUCAGCUAGGGCAUCCAACUGCUUUUUAAUGUCAGACGGUAUGAAUGAUUCCUCCAGCCUGGCCUGCAAGACUUUUCUCAGGUCAUAAAUGUGCAAAACCACUUAUGUGGCUGAUAUGUGGUCUUGCUCUACUAUCUCCAGUGCACGGUUAAAAGUUUGAGUGCGAAGCCAAUCCAAAGUUUAGUGCAAGGAUCGCUGAAAAUGUCUCUUAGAAAAUUCAAUCUUCAAUCAGUUCACUAACUGGAUGUCUAUUGAUAGGGGAUUGUGAUUGGAUAGUUUAAUCCAAUCAUGCACUUCAAAUAACAUGAUGUGAUUUUAUUGGUUUUACAAGCCGUAUCCUUGGCUAACUUUGAUUAGAAUACUCACUUGACUGAGAAAGCCACAUAGGCGAUAGAGAAAUUUUAGGAGAGAGGAAAUACGGGUCAAAACAUGAUUUUUUCAGAAUAAGUUGGGACACUAGAAAAAGUGCUUAAAUACAGGACUGUCCCGGGAAAAACUGGAUGUCUGGCCACCCUAUAUGAAAAGGUUUUUUUUAAAAACACACUAUCAAGAAAAACAAACCAUAUAUUUACAUCCUCAUGCACUGAUGAGAUAAGGGCUGCAUCCGAAAGCUGGAAAAUGCUGCUUUCAGAUGAUGUCAACAGAGAUAAAAUUAAAAUGAGGUGCCCUUCAAACUGUUCCGAGACCAGCUAUUUUAAGACCAGUUUUCAUACAAAAACAUUGUUGGUAAAGCCAUUAUCUGAUUAGCAAGUCAGCUACCUUAGAUUUGCUGUCAUCAUCAUGUGCUUGAUUCAUUGUCAUUUCAGCCUAUAUUUAUCACAGACAUUAGAACUGUAUUAAGAGUUUUUUUUAUCUGUUGUGUGAAAAUUUUCAGUCACAGAUAAACACAAAAUGAACUAACAGCUAAACUAAACAGCUGUACUUACCAA